GGCCAGGAUGGCUCCUCGGAUCUAGCCAGGGAGGCCAGAGUAGUGUCGGAGAUCCCUGUCCAAGUGAUGGUGGGACCAGGAUAGAGGAGCUGCCAUGAGGAUGUCUGAAGGCAAGACCCUGAGCUCCUCUUGCUUUGUGCUUUCCUUGCUCUCCUUGCACUGGGCUUUGCUCCAGCUGGGCCAGGCUUUUCCCAGCACCUCCGACUACCUCCAGCGGGGCUGGCAGCGGCUGCUGGAGGAAGGGGAGGGCUGUGCCGAGUGCCGGCCGGAGGAGUGCCCGGCGCCACGCGGGUGCCUGGCUGGCACGGUGCGGGAUGCCUGUGACUGCUGCUGGGAGUGUGCCAAUCUGGAGGGACAGAUCUGCGACCUGGACAACACCAACCACUUCUAUGGCAAGUGCGGGGAGCACCUGGAGUGCCAGCUGGAUGCCGGGGACCUGCAGCACGGAGAGGUGCCCGAGCCCCAGUGCGCUUGCCUCUCCCGCCUGGCCCUCUGUGGCUCCGACGGCAAAACCUAUGCCCAGAUCUGCAGGUUCCUGGAGGUUGCCCGUGCCCACCCUGAUGCCAACCUCACCGUGGCCCACGAGGGUCCCUGCGAGUCAGAGCCCCAGAUCACCUCCCCUCCCUAUGACACGUGGAACGUCACCGGGCAGGACGUCAUCUUUGGCUGCGAGGUAUUCGCCUACCCCAUGGCAUCCAUUGAGUGGAGGAAGGAUGGCACAGAGAUGCUGCUGCCUGGAGAUGACCCCCACAUCUCUGUCCAGUUCAGGGGUGGCCCCCAGAAAUACGAAGUGACAGGCUGGCUCCAGAUCCAGGGUGUGCGCGUGACGGAUGAAGGCAUCUACCGCUGCUUCGCCAGGAACAGGGUCGGGGAAGUGGUGGCAUUAGCCAGCCUGACGGUCUUCACGCCAGACCAGCUCAACCUGACAGGCUUUUCCAUGCCGAAGCCCCGCACAAUGCCCGAGGACUACGGGGAGAGCGAGGAGGACUAUUACUAG